AUGGUUUGGCUCUUCAGAGCCAUUCUCUUCUUCCCUCUGGUAUGCUCAGUUGUUUCUGCGCAAUGUUCUACGCCCGCCCAACGCAAAGCAUGGCACACUUUGAGCAACGAUGACAAACUAGCAUAUAUCAAUGCCGAACUAUGUUUGAUGAAAUUACCGGCGAAGACUAGCAUGGAAGGCGUAAUAACACGGUUUGAUGAUUUUCAAGCUCUCCAUGUGCAUGGGGCAUAUAUGACACAUUUUGUCGGCGCAUUUCUUCCGUUCCAUCGUUUGAUGACAUAUGCUCAUGAGACUGCGCUUCGAGAAGAAUGUGGUUAUAAAGGCUAUCAACCUUUUUGGUAUGAACAAAAGGAUGCAGGGAGGUUUUCCUCAUCCGAUGUUUUUGAUCCCAUCUAUGGUUUUGGUGGCAAUGGGUCCGACGAGGAAGGGGGGUGUAUCACAGACGGCCCAUUCGCAAACUAUACAAGUCCGUUUGGACCCGGCUAUGAACUUACAGUUCAGUGCAUUGACCGAAAAUUCGACGACGACGUCAGCUCAUUCACGUCCCGGAAUCAGGUAGAUUACUGUAUCUCUCAACCUGACUGGAUUUCGACAUGGCAGUGCAUCGAAGGGAACCCUCAUGCUGGAGGCCACAAUGGUGUUGGGGGCCAGAUGGCCAGAGGUGGAUCCAGCCCGGGUGAUCCGCUCUUCUACCUUCAUCAUGCCUGGAUCGACAAACUGUGGUGGGAUUGGCAGUCCAAAGACCUUCCGGCAAGAUUGUCUGAGAUGGGUGGCACUAAUCUGAUGCGUAAGGAUUCUGGAUUCCGGCCCCCUCCACCGGAGUAUCCAGCCGAAAGUACAGUAGUUGAAUCGGAUCUUUCCGAUCAGUUCACUUAA